AUGAAUGGAAUAGGAGCGGUCGUAUUUUCACGCUUGGUUUCCACGUCUGAAGACAGAUCUCUGUGCGUCAGGACUGAUGCCUCCGAUCGUCAUACAUCGGUUUUGCGUGCAGCAUCUGCUCGUCACAUGGUGCCGACAUCUUCAGGAAUCUCCAGAUCAGUCCUCAAGCCUCGACACCCACUCUAUCUGGCCGCGUUCAAUGUCCGCACUCUGAAGCAAGCAGGACAACAAGCUGCUCUUGCACUCACACUGGACUCGCUUGGCAUUGAUGUGUGCUGUGUCUCAGAAACGAGAAUUCAAGAUGCAAGCACAGUGAUUGAGCUAACCGGCCCGUCAGUCUCCACUCGCUUCCGGCUGCGCACGUCUGGUGAUCCAGAGGCUGCUUCGGUGGGAUAUGCAGGGGUUGAUAUUGUGCUAAGUCACCGGGCGGAAGUAUCCUUACUUGACUGGAUACCUGUUGAUAGUCGCCUCUGUGCGGUUCGUCUGGCAACGUCUGUGAAGGAGUCUCACAAGCGGCAAGUUGAUAGAUGUCUGUUUAUCGUGUCUGCCUAUGCCCCAACUGAUUGUAGCUCUGACACCGUCAAAGACAGGUUUUACGACGCCCUGAAUGCUCUGCUGCGGCGAGCUAAAAGCUCAGACAUUGUGGUGGUUGCCGGAGAUAUGAAUGCGCAAGUGGGCGGGCUCAGUGCAUCUGAGACUCAAUUGGUAGGUCGACAUGGACUGGACUCGUUACGUACGGACAAUGGGGAACGAUUGCUUCAGCUGUGUGCUGAUCGCAGGCUGUUUUUGUGCAGUACUAACUUCCGAAAUAGCCGAAGUCGUCUGGCCACUUGGUGCCCUCCUACAACAGGUCGGCCACAAACUCAAAUCGACCACGUUGCCAUCAGUUACCGAUGGCGCGGGUCCAUAACUGACUGCCGGUCGUUUUGGAACACAUUUGUGGACUCUGACCACGCGCUCGUCCGGAGUCGCUUCGCCCUACGUUUCCCGGGGUCGCGUAAGGUGCGGACAAAUCGCAUGGCAACUGAAAGACUGGCAGAUCCGGAUGUCAGACGAACUUACAAGAAUCGUCUUCUAGAGUCUCUUCCAAAUGCUCCACCAUCAGAUGUGAACUCAUACUGGGAUGAAAUUGCCAACUCUUUGCGUAGUGCUUGGAAUUUUGCCUGUGGCACGACCCAACCAGGCGCACUCAAGCACUGGAUAUUAGACCGAACGGUGGCACUACUUAAAUCUCGAAAAAUGAAAGUGAGCUUGCGAUCCGACCGUGAAGUAUGGUGGACACAGAAAGCCAAAGAAAUGGAAGAGGCUCAGAAAGCUGGUAAUGCCCGGAGAUUAUUUCAGUUGAUCCGCGUGACCGGUCCCCGGAAACCAACUGUGAGCGAAACUAUCACACAUCAGAAUGGAACGAUCAUCUCAAACAAAGAAGAACGCCCCGACCGAUGGGCUGAAUACUUCGAACAACAAAUGUCUUGGCCACCAGCCGGCACUUAUCUAGAGCCCACAGGUGAAGUAGAACCCUGGACGGUGAAUGUGGAACCACCUACGGCCUCGGAGGUUUACGACUGCCUGUGUUCUCUCAAGGGCCACCGCGCUCCCGGUCCGGAUGACCUUCCACCCGCACUGUUCGAAGACGUGGGUGAAAUCCUCAGUGAAGUAGAACCCUGGACGGUGAAUGUGGAACCACCUACGGCCUCGGAGGUUUACGACUGCCUGUGUUCUCUCAAGGGCCACCGCGCUCCCGGUCCGGAUGACCUUCCACCCGCACUGUUCGAAGACGUGGGUGAAAUCCUCAGUCAGUGCUUAUCCGAUCUGUUUGCUUGCAUUUGGGAAAGGGAGUCUAUCCCAGACAACCGGGGAGAAUCGGUGAUAGUGCCCGUUUUCAAAAAAGGGGCGCAUAGUGAGCGUGGUAACCAUAGGGGGAUCAGCUUCAACCCGGUUUUAACGUCAAUUGUGCUUCGUCGCCUUACGGUGGCUCGCGAGAAUGGUAUAUCCCUGAAUCUGAAGGGACGUGUGUAUCAAGCUACAGUGCGGGCUGUUUUGUUGUAUGGCUGUGAGACUUUGCCUAUUCGAGCAGCGGAACUGAGACGUCUUCAGGUGUUCGAUAAUCGUUGUCUCAGAACCAUAGCUCAUGUGGGUUGGUGUCGGCGAAUCCGUGACGAGGCAAUUAGAGAGCGCGUUUUCGGUUGUGUAACGGGAACUUCCAAUGAAGAAUGUGUCCAGCCCCAGAAACUGCGUUGGUUGGGACAUGUGUUACGCAUGCCUAACCAUUGUUUGCCGAAGACAGUGCUGUUUUCCACGCCCAACUCAGAGUGGCGUAAACAGAGAGGUGGCCAACCCUUCACUUGGCAGAGGAGUAUGAAGGAGAUCACGAAAGGCUUGGGUGCUGUCGGUGCUACUCGCCUUCCAGGAUCGGGACCGCGUGAUCCUUACUGUGCCUGGUUGGAGACACUAUACGAUAUGGCUACCAACCGAUGUCAGUGGCGUUCUUGUCAGUUUCUAUCCAGAUUGCCUGACUGA